AAUAGGAUUUCUAACAAGUUUAUAGAAUUUAUUUAUUACUGUUUGCAUUCUUUAGUCGUAAGACAAGAUCUUUCGCAUCGCAAAGUCUCGCUAAAAAUAUAGAAAUGGGGAAUGACUUUCUAGUUAUCUUUGUAAACAGUCAGUUCACACUAUAAACGUCUAUUGGCGCUGGCGUCAUACCAUCAAUAGUAUAGUCCACAUAAAUCACGUAUGAGUCUAAGUUAUAUAGGAGAAAUACUUUUGACAUUUUUUCAAUUAACAAAAUUUCUUUACUUUUUAAAUCCCAUAAAUGUGGGGUUGAGUCAUUCUCCAACUCCGAAACCACUAGAUCAAGAUAUAUAUGCCAAUCUUUUCACAUAUGCUCAUUUAAUUGAUAUUUCAUAUUGUAUAUCUAGUGUAUCAAAGAUUAAGGAACCCUUCAGUUGUGACUUAUCUUGUGAAUCAAGGUUUCCUAAUCUUACUCUUAUUCAUCAAUGGUCUUAUGAUGAUUCUGUUACUGGAUAUAUAGCAACUACAUAUUCCAAUAUAUUUUAUUAUAAUGAAACAUUACAAGGUAUUGAUAAGAAAAAGAAAACUAUAAUAGUUUCAUUAAGAGGUACAAGAUCAAUAUUUGAUAGUUAUGCUGAUUUGAAAAUGGAUAUGGUAUCAUAUACUAAUAAGAAUAUUUAUCUACCUAAAUGUGGUGAUAGAUGUAAAGUUCAUAAGGGAUUUCAUGAUUAUUAUACUCAUACUUUACUUAACAUACAGCAAGUAUUAGAAACAGAAUUAAAAUCAAGUGAAGACUAUGAAUUACUUCUUUUAGGUCAUUCAAUGGGUGGAAGUGUUGCAUUAUUAAUUGGUUUACAUUAUUUAGAUUUGGGUUAUAAUAAUAUGACUUUAGUUACUAUGGGACAACCUUUAAUGGGGAAUAAAGAAUUUGUUAAUUGGGUAGAUUUAGUUACUGGAAGUAAUUAUCCUGCUCGUCAUAAUUCAUUCCAACGUAAAUAUUUCAGAGUAAUACAUAAAGAUGAUAUUGUAACGACUAUACCGAAAGGUGAUGGGUUAUUAUAUUCUUAUCAUCAAUUUGAUAAUCAAAUAUAUUUGAACUGUUCAGCAUCUAACCGGGUUCCCUUUUAUGAUCAAGUAGUCGAUUGUAUUUAUGGAGAUAAUGAAAACUGUAUAGAGAGAGAUUUUCAAGGUAUUAGUUAUAUUAACAAGGACUAUUUCAGAAGUCAUAAUACUUAUUUCAGGAGAUUAGGACUAUGUGGCAUGAGGAUUAAAUAAAUAAGUAAAUAUGUAACAUUAAUUUAUAAUAUAUAUACAUUAGCUGGCACGACUAAAUCCGAAUUUCGGUUGGUCAUCAUCAUCAUCAUCAUCAUCGUCAUAAUAUAUAGGCGCUUGUGCUUUAGCUUUUGUUCUAG